AUGAUCAUAAAUCCGUCUUUGUUUUAUGUUAUUAGAAUUAUUUUCUUUGAUAAUUUCUCUGUUGCUUCAGUACUUCGGGUUCUUAACCGAUUCAUCAUCAGCAGCAGCAUCAACAUUCCCCACUAUGCGCCUCUUUUCUUUUUGCUUAAGAAGUACUCUCUCUCUCUCUCUCUCUCUCUCUCUCUCUCUCUCUCUCUCUUCCACUUCAUUACAGAAUUCUUUUUCUCGUUUCUCUUCUUCAUUAAUGUCUAUUUCAUCUUCUUCCGGUUUUCAUCCUCCAUUAUAUUUUCGAUUCUUCCUUUUAUUGAUCAUAUUUUUGUUUCUUCUUCGUCUGCUUCUUUUUUUUUCUUUCUUUUUUCUUCUUCUUUUUUUUCUUUCUUUUUUGUUCUUCUUUUUUUUUCUUUUUUUCUUCUUUUUUCUUCUUCCCACCGCGUUUUCUGCAAAUGUCGAAUCAUUAUGCACGGAUUCCGAUUUCUCUCACCAGUGUCGCAACUUGGUGUUCGCCUUUCCAUCUACCCGGAAGCAAUUCGUGACACGCACCCACUAACAAGCCUGAGGCAACACAUGACGAGUAAGGCGUGA